CACCGGGGACUACUUCUCUUCAACUUUUCCCUUAAGCUUGAUCCCCGCUACACGUGCUCGUUUGAAAAAGAGUCCCUGCGGGGGUUCUUUUUUUAACACACGUGAAUAAACACAUAAAAACAAAAAAAAUCACGAAAUAACAGGAGAAAAAAAAGCUUUACAAAUUCGAAACAGCAGUUUUGUCGCCACACCGCCGCGUUCGUUGCGACACCGCCCAGGGCCUACAGAUCGACCGCGAGCCAGGGCAGCCACCGACCUUUCCUAGUUUCCCUGCGGGAAUCUGCGCGUCUACCCCCGGCUGAACCAAGCGGCACCCACCACCCCGCCACGACCAUGAAUCCGAGCGGACCAAGUUAUCCGAUGGCGUCGCUGUACGUGGGCGACCUGCACCCCGACGUGACUGAGGCGAUGCUCUAUGAGAAGUUUUCUCCUGCCGGGCCCGUCCUAUCCAUCAGGGUCUGUCGGGACAUGAUAACCCGCCGUUCGCUCGGCUAUGCCUACGUGAACUUCCAGCAGCCCGCAGACGACAUGUGUUGUCUUCUCCCAGCCGAGCGGGCACUGGACACAAUGAACUUUGACGUCAUCAAGGGAAAGCCAAUCCGCAUCAUGUGGUCCCAGCGUGACCCGUCCCUCCGCAAGUCGGGCGUCGGCAAUGUGUUCAUCAAGAAUCUCGACAAAUCCAUCGACAACAAGGCCAUGUAUGACACCUUCUCCGCCUUUGGGAACAUCCUGUCCUGCAAGGUCGUGUGUGACGAGAACGGUUCCCGGGGCUACGGCUUCGUUCACUUUGAGACGCAGGAGGCGGCCGACCGUGCCAUCGAGAAGAUGAACGGCAUGCUGCUCAACGACCGCAAAGUGUUCGUCGGGCGCUUCAAGUCACGCAAGGAGCGCGAGCAGGAGAUGGGCGCGAGGGCCAAGGAGUUCACCAACGUCUACAUCAAGAACUUUGGCGACGACAUGGACGAGGACAAGCUCCGAGAGUUCUUUGGCAAGUUCGGGAAGGCUCUGAGCGUUUGCGUGAUGUCCGACGAGUGCGGAAAAUCCCGCGGAUUUGGCUUUGUGAGCUUCGAGCGACACGAAGACGCGCAGCGGGCGGUGAAUGAGAUGAACGGUAAAGAGCUGAACGGGAGAACCGUCUUCGUGGGACGGGCGCAGAAAAAGGGCGAACGCCAGGCUGAGCUGAAGCGCAAAUUUGAGAUGCUGAAGCAGGAGAGGAUUAGCAGAUACCAGGGCGUCAACCUGUACGUGAAGAACUUGGACGACAACAUCGACGAUGAACAACUGCGCAAGGAGUUUGCUCCCUACGGCACCAUCACGAGCACCAAGGUGAUGUCGGAGGAGGGUCGCAGCAAGGGCUUCGGCUUCGUGUGCUUCUCCUCGCCAGAGGAGGCCACCAAGGCCGUGACGGAGAUGAACGGCCGCAUCGUAGGCUCCAAGCCGCUGUACGUGGCGCUGGCGCAGCGCAAGGAGGAGCGCAAGGCCCACUUGACGUCGCAGUACAUGCAGAGGAUCGCCGGCAUGCGCGCACUGCCCCCCAACACCGUCAUCAGCCAGUACCAGCCGGCUGCUCCCAGCGGCUACUUCGUGCCGGCCAUGCCCCAGGCGCAGACUCGCACGGCGUACUACGCGCCCAACCAGAUGACGCAGAUUCGGCCCCAGCAGCGCUGGCCCACACAGCAGGUCCGUCCGCAGGGUGGCUACCAGGGCAUGCAGGGAGGCAUGAUGAGGCAGUCGGGCACAAGGCAGCAGCAGCAACAGCAGCAGCCCCCCAUCCGGACGAUGUCGCCCAUCACCAACACGCAGAUUGUACGAUCCAUCCCCGGUGGACAUCGCGUCGCUGCGACGCAGACGCUGGGACCCCGAGCGAUGCCUGGCAUGGGACCGCGGAAUGUGGGUGCCUACAAGUACGGCCAGCCGAUGCGCAACCCGAUUCAUGGCCAUAUGCAGCAGAUGCACCAGGCCGUCCACGUGCAUGGGCAGGAGCCGCUGACUCCAUCGAUGCUGGCGUCUGCCCCUCUCCAGGAGCAGAAGCAGAUGUUGGGCGAGCGUCUCUUCCCGCUGAUACAAGGCAUGCAUCUGUCGCUGGCGGGGAAGAUCACCGGCAUGCUGCUGGAAAUCGACAACUCGGAGCUGCUCCACAUGCUCGAGUCGCCCGAGUCCCUGCGCUCCAAGGUGGAGGAGGCUGUGGCGGUGCUGCAAGCCCACCAGGCUAAAGAGGUGGCUCAGAAGACGGGGGCCGUGCCGGUGCAGUAAUUUUCCAAGCGCCACAACACCCUCUUCCCAUCGAGAGAGAGAACCCUCCAUGGUGGUUCAAGAUGGCUGGACACAUUUAGACUGGAGUCACUAAAAAAAUGCACAAAAAUAGCAUAUCGAAGUGAAAAAGAAAAACACAAAAAACGUAAAAUAAAAUCCCAAAAAAAUAGCAAAAUUACAAAACUAAUGGUUUGAAAUGUGUUAAGAUGUGGUUUUCCAAACUUCCAGUUCUUGGGGCUACUGUUGUCCGCCUUACAGAGUUUUACCAUACUUGUGCGUUUAAAUACACAUUGAAGAGGUUAAAUCUGCACAUGUCUGACGAUUGGCAAAAAAACGCCGUGACGCAGGGGAGCGCAGAUUCUGAAAGUAACAUCCCCUCCAUAUGCGUGUUUUAUCCGAGACGCCCGUGCGGCCGAGAUAACGUUGGAGACUUCCAAUUCAAAUAAAAAUCCUUCACCUCUUGUUUGAAUCGGCGCUCUUCCGCGUCACGUGGGGACGCACGCGGAGACCUCUUUGGCGAUUUGAAUCGGUGCUCGGGUCACACGCACGCGCGUGUACAAAAGACAACGCAAAGGUGUACACACAUGAAUCGUGCCCUCUGUGUCAUCGGGGACAUUGUGUGUAAAACAUAAAUCCGCACGAGGUCUAUCUUUGCACGAAUCGCUGUCGGCAUUGAAUCAGCGUUCGACUUCCCAUCGGUCGUAUUUGACCGGAGCAGGGUUUUGUAAAUGGUGCCUGGGGCGGACAGUGGUGGUGGUCGUAAGGACACUGGAGGUUUGGAAAAAAAACGCACGGUUUGUGUUUGGUCAGGUGAGGUUUUCAUCUGAUAGGUUUUGAGGGACUGCGUUUUUGGUUGUCUUGCCUUGUGGUUGGUGGGGCUGACGACUGUCGGCAGUGGCGGAUUGCGAACGGGACAAGACGGAAGGUGUUUCGGUUUUGAGUUUGUUUUAAAAAAUUGUAACUUUGCAAUUCAAGUAAGAGCACACAAAGGGAAUAAACAAGUUGAAGGGGGAAAACAAAUAAAAAACAAGAAAAAUAGUUCAGUACAAAUGUCUGGACGUUUGCCUUUUUUUUUUGCUUGAGUUAAAUAAAAAAACUGCUGUUUCA